UAUAUACAGUAUUAUAAAUAAUGACCACCGGUUUGGUUGUGUUAUGAAUAUUGAUAAAUAACAUAACCUAAUCAUUGAUGAGCAACCCAGUUGAAAGAGUCCUAUUUCCUAUUCUUAUUUCCAUAUUGGUUUUGUACGAUCACAAUGGACUAUUUUUAACCUCUAGUGGAAUCUGCGAGACGAUCCCUUUCCUACAUCAACUUUUUUCUUCAUCACUAUUUCAUCUUAUCAUGAUCGAAUGCAAUAAUGUUAUCUAUUAAACGUAGCAUUUGCUAAAUUGAUCAUGAAAAUAAGAUUUAAGAAAAAUUCCAAUUGUUCAAUAAUUUGUUUUUAUUAACCUACACCUACUAAUAAGAUCCUCUCACAGUUAUCAUAAUCAUAAGAUAGCAAACUUUCAUUCAUUAUUCCAAACGUUUAUGAUUCAAAAUUUAAGCAAUUACAACAAUUUUAGUAUGUGUUUAUCUCAAGUUUACUCAGAACUUGUGUGAAAGAUGUCCCAAUUCAACCCCAGGUGUUGCUGGGCUCAUGAUAGGUACUUUGAGGCUAUAACUAACUGAUUAAUCUUCCAUUGAAUAACUUAUUUUUAUGCUGAACCAUGUUUAAAGUUUGUAGUUCAGUACUGAUUAGAUGACAGCAACCUAAACUAAUUUUUUUUCAGUUUUGUUAAACAUCCUGAAAAUAAAGUAAGGUUGGUAUUGUAAAAAGCUUUGUUUUUUUGUUCUAUGUGGAUCUUUGACUCCAUUGUCUAUUUAGAAUGUUAAAAUACAUCUUAUGUGUGUGCUCAUAGCAUUGUUAGACUAAUAUCAAGUAUCAUAGUAAUUUCCAUUCAUAAGGGCAAUUAGGGGGCAGGCCGCCCAAUCUACGGCACACAGGUCAAAUCCGAACCGCAAGCUGAAUUCAAGAUGCACGCCGUGGUACCAGUAAAACGGCGGAUUGAUGGUGUGGAAAUGGUGGCGCCGCUAGUAAUCUGCACGAAGCUUGAGCAGCGAGCCGUGGUGCGGUUCCUGUGGGCAGAGGGCUACGAUGGGGCGGAGAUCCACCGCCGCCUCACCAACAUCUACGGCGGCAGUGUGCUGCCGCAGCCGUCGGUCUACGGCUGGAUCGACAUGUUCCGCAACGGCCGCACCAGCAUCAAGGUCGUGAAGCGACCGCCGCCGCAACCUGGCCAACCGCCGCAGCCGCAGGGCCCUAUCGGCGGCCAUCGCCCGCCCAUCAGCGCACAGGCUGCUGCCACCAUUGAACAGAUGGGCGGCUUCUAUGGGUGCGGCGACGAGAGCAACACGUCGAGCCAAGAGGUGUCGGAGGCGGUUGGCAGAGGCGGGGCCGGGGGCGGAGGGGACAAGAGUCCGCGGCGGGGGCCAGACCUGCCGAGCAAACAGGAGGCGGGGGUGGGGGUGGGCUUGGGGCCGAUGGGAGCGGUUCGCGCGCCCAAACCGCAGACGUGUCAGGUGUGUGGCAAGGUGCUGUCAUCUGCUUCGUCCUACUAUGUGCACAUGAAGCUGCAUUCUGGCAACAAGCCGUUCCAGUGCACCCAGUGCGAGGCCACCUUCUGCCGCAAGCCCUACCUUGAGGUGCACAUGCGCUCGCACACCGGCGAACGGCCCUUCCAGUGCGACGUCUGCUUCAAACGUUUCACGCAGAAGAGCAGCCUGAACACACACAAGCGUGUGCACACAGGCGAGCGUCCGUACGAGUGCGACAUCUGCCAGAAGCGGUUCGCGGUGAAGAGCUACGUGUCAGCGCACCGCUGGAGUCACGUGUCUGAGAAGCCUCUCGGCUGCAACCAGUGCAACCUCACGUUCACCUCCAAGAACCAGUUCACGCUGCACAUGCGCACGCACAUGCCCGGCCGCAUGUUCGACUGUCACAUCUGCGGCAAGUCGUUUGUGCGAGACAGCUAUCUGAUUCGCCACCACAACCGCCAGCACCGCGAUCUCCAGCACAACUAUCCCGAUCUCAGCUGUCAAGUCAGCCAGGAUCGAAGUAAGUCGCCGAAUUUUGAUGCCGAUGAACGCCCAGAAAGAGGAGGCGGCGGUGGAGGUGGCGGGGGAGGAGGAGGUGGUGGUGGAGGCGGAGGUGGCGCUGGAGGCGGUGGUGGAGGAGGAGGAGGUGGUGGUGGAGGCUCCAUGCCUUCUGAUGCCAGGCAGUCUGUCAAUCUUGAGAACCACUGGAGAGUAUUCGAGCGACAUAUGACUUCUACUUCACCGAGCAAAUCGCCGCCUGCAUUCGAAGUGGAAGGUCGCCAAGAGAGAGGAGCGCCAUCAUCCUCAUCAUCGGAGCCCCGGCCUUCCAUCAACCUCGAAAAUCACUGGAAAGUAUUCGAACGUCACAUGACCAACCCUCCGUCACGCCGUGGAAGCGUUUUCCCAGGUUUAGUUCCUCCUGUUGGUGGACCUUCACAGAAUCGAUCUUCUCAUGUUCCUUCUUUGAAUGACGUCAUGAACUCUUCUUCACAGUUUAAUCAACAGUCACAGUGACCCCCUCCUAAUCCAAGCAAGAAUAUUCGAAAAUUCCGAUAGGCUUGACUUCAACAGACAUGAAACAUUUCGAAACUUGUGACCUUGUUUCAAAGGAACACUUCUUUUUAACUUGGUGAAAAAAUACCCAGAAGUGACAGAACAUUUAUGAAUUGAACAAUGAUGUAGCAUGCCAUAAUCAUUGUAUGAAAGUAUUUUAGUUUAGCAGAAAUUAUUUUUUAAUAGAAUAUUAAUAUGCUAGAUGUAUGCAUUGUAAAUUAAAUUGGGUUUGGUUAUUGCAGUAUUUUAAACUUAAACUUGAUACAGAAAUAUGAAUAAUGUAUUAGAUUUGGAAACUAAUUUUAAUCUUCCUAUCCUAGAACUGUAUUAUACAGUUAUUCUCUAUGAUUCUGUACAGUUAUUCUGUUGGUAAUUAUCCAACAAUUUUCAAGGAAUUCAUCAAAGGAACAGUUUUAAAGUGAUUAAAUUAGGCUAUAUCCUAUUAUUCUAUGAUAAAAUAACUAAUAACUAAAGAAAUUAGUUUUUGUUAGAGAAAUAAUUGUUUAAAAUAUUGAUAUUUUAAUGAAUGAACAAAGCCAUUUCAAAAAAUUGUUAAUAAUCGUCGGUAAUAUUUUAUAUUCUUGACUCUGUGAUUCCUAAAAAAAUGAAUGUUCUAAUUGUUUUGUAAGCUUAAUGUUGAUUUUUUAUAUAAAUUUAACUAGGAAUAUGUAGAACAACAGUAGUGUAUUAAAAAUUAUAACAAGCAAGACAGUAGUCGAAAAAUGAAAAAACUCGCCCGUUUCAUGUUUUAUACGUUGAUGAUUUCAAGCAGUUUUUCUGUGGAACUGAAAUUUAGAUUAGACUUUCUGACUCUCGUAGUGACAGUAAUGUUCCUACUUUGUGUAAUCUAUGCUCAUUUUCUAUUCUAAACGACGCUUCUCUUCCUCUAUGUGAUCGCAUACCAGCAUUUUCGAAUCCACGGCUGUGAGCACACUAAUCUUUUCACUUGUUCCUUGAUAUUUGGUGGCCUUAAGCGCACAUAUACUCUCAUAUCAAAGUGGUUUCAUUGGAUGAUUGUUGUGAGCUUGCUAAUCCACAAGCUUUAACAACAUUCCCAAAUUUCCUUUUAUUAGCGCUGGGAAGUUCUAGAUCACCGUUUUUCUUUGUUCUAAAUCGCUGUCAUUAAUAACCAACAAGGUACUGGAUUGCUGAUCUUUCAUUCACAACUCUUCUUGAGUAGUUUAGCAAGUGAGCCCAUAUCGAUUUGUAUUCAAAUUGAAUUGUAUAAUCAUUGUCGUACUCAUAACCGCGAGAAAUCCAUAACAUAUUCGAUAUUUUCAUGUUUAUAAAUUGUGGUAGCUUAUAUUUUAUUUGUAUUGAAUUUAUUUUCGACUUAUGCGUCAUGCACUAGAAUUUACAUCACAUGUAUGUAGCUGUUGAAAUAGUUUCAACUCAAUAUUAGGUAUUUAUUACACUAAUGUAGCGUACCUACAACAGUUAAUAGAUGAAAACCAGCUCUAUUUUGCGCAUGAAACAAUUUUUUUUAGUGAGGAGAAAAACAAGUCAAACUCUAAAGUGGCCGAUUUUUGGCGAAACUUUGAUUCGUUUACUAAAAUGUUUAUUUUAAAUUUAUAGCUUAUUCGUUUGAAGUUUUUAAAUUGGAAAGUAUAGCAAGUAUAGAUAACUUCAGCAAAUCAAAAAAAAAAAAAAAACUGUAAAUAAAAUUUGUAGAUUUUCUAUGCAGUGAGGAUGAAUGAAGUAUAUAAAUAUAAAACUUUCUCAAUCGUGUGUAGCAGAAUUGUGAUGUGCUUCUUUUGAGAUGAAAGACAAUCAUGACUUCAGUUCCAUCUAAUUGAUAACUUUUCCUUUAAAUGAAAAUAACUGCAAUUUCUUCGGCUCUUUAGCCAUACUAGGUGAAGUCACAUACUUUGUCAUGCCUAUUCUCUCAUAAUAUCUAAUAGCUUUGGAUCCUCAUAUGGGUUAGGAAGCUCAGGAGAUGAUUUUAUCAACUUAUUGACACACGCUACUAACUACUACACUCAACUAAUUGACAAAUGUUUGUGAUAAACGAUCUAACAGUUUUAGAAAAACUAAUACCAGAGGAAGUAACUAUUUAGUUUAUUCAUCUGAAAAUAUUAUACAGACUUUUCAUUUAAAAUGGCUACGUCCUAUGGCUAUCCCCAUAAUAUUUUAUAAUAUACUAUUAAAAAUCUUCUAAGCCGAAUCACAGAAACGUUCUUCACUACUGUAUCUUAUUAACACAACUAGAUAUUAUUUAUAGUUAUAUAUUAUAUACAUAGACAAUAUAUUUAUUUAUUAUUUUAUUUGUUUUCGUUAUAAUUGCUAGUAUUUUGGGAUUAAUAGUUAAUUAAUCUCAUAAUUUCUCAUUAAUGGUAUUUUUUAUAAGCCCAGUUCUAAUUUAGUGUUUAAUUGAGACAAUGUUAAUUUUAUUUAGCUCACAUCCUUGAUGGAUCAAUUAUUCAGCUUGCUGUUAGACUAUCUUAUAAUAAUAUACAUUGAAUAUUUUUAAUUAUUUCUACUUCUGCUUAUAAUUACUUGUAUGUUCAUUUUUUAUUUUAUUUUACUAUUAUGUCUCUAUUUAUUUUUUUACAAUAUAUAUUUAUCAAUAAAAUCAUUUUUAUUCGUUUUGUACUUAGAAAUAAAUAAUGAAAUAGUCUAGAUGACAGACAGUAAAAAUGAUAACUAUAUAUAAUAGUUUCAAGUGUAGACUACUCCGUAUAUGUGAUUAACUGUAAACUCCUAAAUAAAUUAAUAGUGUAUUGUAAAUAUCGUAGGCUAUGAAGUACAUGUCAUAGAGUAUUAUAAAUUUCAUAGACAUGGAGGAAUAUGAAAUUCAUAUUUCUCAUAGAUUAUAUUGUAGACGUCAUGAAGUUCAACUCAUUUCAAAUCGAAUCAUUCAACUUGCAUUCAAGUAUUCAAUAUUGAAUCGCAUGUUCAUAAAAUUGUCCACAACACACUUUUCCAAUAAUUUUUAAUGGAUUAGUAGGCAAAAAUGUUAUUGAGAUGAAAAUUUUUGAAUUUGCAUAUAUUUUGUCCUAAUAACUUAUAAGCUAAAUGUGAUCUCAAAGAUGUAUCUUGAAAUUUUAAAAAUUGUUCAAAAUCUAAUCCUGAUAGAAUUACUCAUUUUUUAUUGGUGGAUUUCAAAGUUAUUCAUUAUUUCAUCAGAAUUAGAUUGUUUUAUAUGAAUUUGAUUAAGAGACACCAAGUAUAACUCUAUUCAUCCUGAAACUCUUAGUAAACACAAGCAUAUAUUAAUGGGGAAAAUGAUCAAUCUUCGUCAUUAUAAGUUACAAAUCAUGCACGUAAUUCGACAGAAUGAUGGCUGAAUUUUGUUUGCUUCUCCAAUAAUACAAUUUAAAAUUUGUUCUACUUUUAUUAUUUAAUUUGAUUAUAAUUUUGUAAAUAGUAAUUCCUUAUCUGAAUACCACCUCACCUGCAAACGACAGCUAAAUCAAUAGGAUUUUUUUAAAUGCGUGUAAUACACAAAAUAUUGUAUUUUAAAACAAAUUAAUAUUUAUAGAUUCCAUAGAUCAACUUUUCCUGGUUAGCAUUAAUAUCAAUAACUAUCAUUCUAUACAGGACACUGUUAUUGUAUCUUAUAUUAUAUCAAUGUGCAUAAAUCAGUAUUAUAAAUUCAAUAUUAGUUCAUGCCAUUGUUGUUUUUAACAUAACUCAGAAUAGGGUCGAGAUGUUCGAUUGUUUUUUUUUUAAUUGAAGUGGUGUGUGGUACUUAAGAAUUCAUUUCAAUUCAAGAGUAUUCAAUUCAUUUGAUCAGAUUUAAUUAUAAGUUCUCUUUAUUGAUACUAAUAGAUUAUAUUAUUGACUAACUCAUGUUAUAUUUAAUAAUAAAAGUAUACAAUGCUUGAGA